AUGGCAAUUGUGGGGUAUCUCAUGAAUGGGGACGAUAUCGAAUCACAAAUUACAUUGAAUCUACCAACAGGGAAAGCUAGCACAGAAGUAGCGAUUUACACCACUUUGUUUAUUCCAAUUACUAGAUAUGCAUUGAUGCAAACCCCGCUGGCAAAUGGCGUAGAAAGUGGAUUAUUAGAAAAUUACAAGAAUUGGACACCUGUUAGGUUGCUGAUUAGAAUGAGGGAACUGAAUAUUGGCGCCCGCGCCCCUUUUUCACACAAACACAAGAUCUCUGUUCUCUCUCUCUCACACACACACAGCUCUCUCACAUACAGAACAGUCACCACCAAACCUCACCCCCGGCUCACCACCCCACCGCUGCACGUCGCACCGCCACAGCCGCAAAUCACCACCGACACUGCCGCAAAUAACAGAUUUGUCUCUCGCUUUCUUUCACUCUCGGAUCUUGUUAUUCGUCCAUUGGUCGAGCAAGAUUCUCAAUCAUUGCAACAGUUGCUUCUGGAGAUACCAAUUUGGGUGAAAAAUCCAGACAUUGACCGUCUUGCAUUUCCGAACCAAAAAAUUGUGCAGACCUUUCUAUUGCAAGGAGGGAUAAUUCAAAUGACAAAUUAUGUAAUCCAGAUAAUUUUGCAAUUCUCAGAGAAUUUCUUCCUCGUGGAGAGCAUUUUCAUAUUUCAUAGAAAGUGUUGGAAAAUUUUACACACCUCACCCACUUUAUGCCAAAUCUUGACAAACUGUUUUGCCCACUUUAUGAGGAUCCUUGCUCUACUAGUGUAUGUAGUGAAUCAAUACAAAGGGUUUCUCUUGCAUUUUGGUUUUAUUGCUCCAUUGUCAUAUAAAAUAUUGGUUCUAUACCCUUAUCUAGUAACUCUUUCUUGAGUGAUCUGAAAGUGACGUGAUUCAAUCUGAACCGUUGUUCGGAGGAACGGACGGAAAUUCAAGCUGGAGAGGAUCCGGACUCAAGACAAUGACAAGGAAAGUAUAGGCAGAGAGAGGAUGAUAAGAGGUGGCCAUGGGAGGUCUAUAUCAAUUGAGAGCCUUGUAUUUAUAGCUGGUAAUAGGGUAGGGUAUUGGUCAGCUGGUGGACCUCUUAUCCUUACUGCGUGUUGCCGGUGUCGAUAUCUCAAAAAUUGUAUUAUUUGGCUGAAUUUUAUAAAAAAAUAUUUUUAUUUAAUCACAAGGACUUUUGAAGCUUCUGGACCUCUCCUCUAGUUUUUUAAAUUGUAAUGUCCAUCCUUAUUUUUCUUGAUAAUAAUAUAAAAUCACCUUCUUUUGUUAAUUUUGGAAUGAGCUAAAUAAAGUACACUUGAUAAGUUAAUCUAGAAAAACCAAUCAUAUUCUCUCAAGUAAACUCUUCAAUUCCAGUCUAUCAUUAUACAUGAAUCUAUACAAGUACAAUUUAUAAUGCAUGAAUACAUACAACUCAUGUUCAUUAUUGGUUACAACACAAUGAAAGCAGCAGAUGAUAAGAAGUUCGAGGGCAAUGCUUCUCAAGCAAAUGGAACAUAUUGUCUAAAGUAAUAUGGAAGAAGCAUCGCCAUGCAGAAGUAUUUGGCAUUCCUCCGGCUUUGCUAUCAUUGGAUCAAAUGGGUUGCGAUCAGAAAGAACUAAACCUUGUUUGAUGCGACCCACAUACCGAGAAUGCAGUAAUUGCUUUGAGACAACUGGAAGCCGUAUGGACUGAAAUUCUCCGAUCGCUGAAUGCAGAUUUUCUGCUCCCCGCUUCUCAAGGCUCUUGCCUAAAACUGCUGCGUCUAAUAUUGCCAUGUUUGUGCUCCUUGAGCUGUGCAGGGUUAUUGGAUGAGUAGCAUAUCCAACUAAUACAACAUUGUCCCAAACUAUUUGUUCUAAAGGAUCACAAUCAUAAAUGACAUUUAUGAAUGGUUACUUUGUUUCUUUCAUGAGUUUAACCAUUU